ACACACACACAGGACGCUGACUCACGCACACACAAGCGCGCGCCCGCCCGCCGCCAAUUUCCUCGCCCAGUGCCGAAUCCCGGAGCAGCGCUCGUGCAGAUUCCACUCCGCUCGCAGCCCCCACAAUACGGCCGCCCCAUGUGACGCUGCCGCCUGAGAUGCUGCUGCGAGCGCUGGCCCACCACGCGCACCGGCCACUGCCUACCGCCACUGCCCCCGAUCCCGAAUUCUCGUAAACAUGUGUGACAGCCAUGCGAUGCCCUUCGUCUACCAAGUGACGUGAAGUCCCGCCGCCUGUGCGGUUUCGCUGAGAGGGCUGACAACGUGGAACGCCGGGAAGGAUGGUGAGAGGCACGCCGGCUGCCAGCCUGCUAUGUCUCCUCACCUUCGCAUGGACGGCGGCAGAGGUGUCCUCGGCCGGGAGCAGCGACCAGUACCAGGGUUCGACGGCCUCCGACCGGCUGGAGAACGUCACGCAGACAAUAUCUCGGCUCCUCGAGGGCUACGACAUCCGCCUUCGGCCCAACUUCGGAGGUGACCCUCUGUAUGUUGGUAUGGAUCUCACAAUAGCAAGCUUUGAUUCCAUUUCUGAGGUGAACAUGGACUAUACCAUUACCAUGUACCUCAAUCAAUACUGGAAAGAUGAACGACUUGCCUUCAGUAAUGAAGAAGAGAUAUUAACAUUAUCAGGUGAUUUUGCUGAGAAGAUAUGGGUACCUGACACAUUUUUUGCAAAUGACAAGAACAGCUUCCUUCAUGAUGUGACAGAAAGAAAUAAACUGGUACGGCUUAAUGGAGAUGGGAGUAUUACAUAUGGCAUGAGAUUUACGACGACAUUGGCCUGUAUGAUGGAUCUACAUUAUUAUCCCCUUGAUUCACAAAACUGCACAGUAGAAAUUGAGAGCUAUGGGUACACUGUAUCUGAUGUUGUAAUGUACUGGAAGGAGACACCAGUACGAGGAGUGGAGGAGGCAGAACUACCUCAGUUCACAAUUGUUGGAUAUGGAACCAAUGACCGCAAAGAAAGACUGGCAACUGGGAACUAUCAGCGACUUUCCUUAUCCUUCAAACUUCAGAGAAACAUUGGUUACUUCAUAUUUCAGACAUAUCUUCCUUCAAUAUUAAUUGUUAUGCUGUCAUGGGUAUCUUUCUGGAUCAAUCACGAAGCAACCAGUGCUCGUGUAGCAUUAGGUAUCACAACUGUACUGACAAUGACAACAAUAAGUACAGGUGUCCGCAGUUCUCUUCCUCGAAUAUCUUAUGUCAAAGCAAUUGACAUAUAUUUAGUUAUGUGCUUUGUAUUUGUCUUUGCUGCCCUGCUUGAAUAUGCAGCUGUUAAUUAUACAUACUGGGGAGCACGGGCCAAAAAGAAGUCUAAGAAAACCAAGGAGGCUGAGGAGAAGAAGACAACACAAGGCAUGAAGCCCAUUACUUCAACAACUGAUGGUUUUGCUUCUGCAACAGGUGCAUCACCCGAUCAGGAAAUAAUUGAACUUCAAGAUGUGCGGAUGUCUCCAAUACCAUCCAUACGCAACCGACACAACAGUCGCUUUUCUACAUCAUCCACAGAGCCUGUGGAUCCUUCUCGAUUUCCUCCUAGUUUCCGUAUGAAUCGUUCUCCAGGGUAUUCGUUUCCAGUUCGAUCUACUGGUGGACUGAGGUUUCGAGGAUCGAGGAGCCAUAUACAACAUACAAAUCAUCGGCCAAAAGUGUUCAAUGCUCUAAAACGAGGAGCAUCAGCUAUUAAGGCCUCCAUGCCAAAAAUUAAGGAUGUUAAUAUCAUAGAUAAAUAUUCACGGAUCAUUUUUCCAGUUUCUUUCAUGCUGUUUAAUGCUGUGUACUGGAUCUUUUAUUUUCUUCCAAGUGAAAAUGAUAAAACCAAAGUGACUUAAAAACAGUAGCAAGCAAACUUCUGUGUGUGUGUGUGUGUGUGUGUGUGUGUGUGUGUGUGUGUGUGUGUGUGUGUGUGUAUUUUCUGUGGAAGUGGACAAGCCAGCAGCAAAUGUGAGGAACUAAAGACUUUUUUAAUUACCAAAUAAGAUGUAAAUAAGUGGCAUUUCUCUGUCAUUUAAAGGUCAUGGUUUUGAAGACUUGGCAUUCUCAAACAAGGCAUCAAUACCCAAUGUUGUUAAAACUGUAAUGAGACCAUCAAUGUGAAAAAUAGCCCAAGGACUGCAUUUGCUAAAAUGUGAUGGUAAUUUGUGAUACAGACUUACAUAUUCCUUGCAGAACAAAUUUAAAAUUAAUGCAAUUUCAUUAUGCUCUGAGUCUGCAAACUAUUUCACAAAGGAGGGCAUUACCAUACAAAUUUGACAUGUUCCACCUGUAGAGCUGCUUUCACCUGGACGGAAAUAAUUACUUUUCUUGCAGCCUUACUGCAACAGGAAUAAGAUGGUGCAAUAGAAUGCUGUUUUCUAUUAUAAUGAAGUGACAAAUGAAACUGAUGCAUCAAGAUCAAUAUUAGUUUACCUUAAGUGAUUUUUAAAGUACUUUCAGAAAUUUAAUAACAAAGAGUCUGUAGACAGACAUUUCCCAAAAAACUACACACAAAUUACCUGAGAGAUUGUAUCAUGGAAUAUUAAUACUGCCACCAUCAUGAUUGUCCCUUCACCCACCCCUUUCCCUUUCCACCUCAUGUUGCAAUGUAGCAUAUAAAUUGAUCCUGUCUCCUUUUGUUCCAGUGGUAUUAUAAUGUACCACCACCACCACCACAACAACAACAACAACAACAACAACAACAACUAGGCACACAAGAUGCAUUUAUCUUCUGUUGGUUCUCACAUGACUGUUAAACAAUUACUGCUUUCUUGCCUUUACAUCUCCUUCUAUUGAAGCCUCUCACCCAGUCAGUUAGUUCUUUAUGUUCUGAUCACACAUCUUUUCUUCUUAGUCUCUUCACAUAAGCAGUUACUGCUUUCUUGCCUUUACAUCUCCUGCUAUUUAAGCCUUUAACCCAGUCAGUUUGUUCUCUAUGUUUUUUUCACACAUCUUUUCUUCUCAGUCUCUUCACAUAGCAGAUUAACCAUGUCUUGCAUUCUCUAUAGUCUUACCCUUCAUGUCUCACAAUUAGAAUGUAAAAAUCAUGCACAUUCUUUCCAAGCUAUGAAUUCCAGUUUAAGAAACAAAUAUAUUGUUGGAAAAUUGUACUGUUAUUUAAUGGAAACCUUGUAUUCCAAUAAAACACUACUGGUCUAACAUAUUUUUAUUUUUCAUGAAACUUCCUCAAUGGGCGAUGACACUGCUGAUUUAUGCUAAAUUUUUUUCUCAGUGUGUCUUCUCUGCUUUCUCUGUUUCAUUUGAUUCCAGGAUUCAGUAACUUUUCUGACACUGCAUUUUUAAUUUUAAGAACCACAAAGUGUGUCCCCUUACAUGGCACUCAAUGUGAAGCUAUGCCGUAGUGUGCAUAAUGCAAAUAGUCCUACACAGAAAAUAAUUUUCAAAAAUAUUUCUGCCAUAUCCAUCAUUAAACAUUUUUCCAGUCUUGCUCUACCCAGUACAUCACUCAUUAAUCUAUAUAGUCGCAAUGCUUUUAGGCACCAGUGAAUGUCAGUUAUGUCCCCUUUCAUAAGUGGUAAUAAUCUACUCACAACACACACAAAAAGAUUAUGCUGACAGAGACCAAAAAUCAUUUCUAUUAAAUACAAAGAACAGACAUAAAAUGCAAGCCUGUAAGGUAAGUUAUUUUUGUUCAUACAGAUAUUUCCAUGAUCUCCAUUUAUCUUUUUAGCAUUUUUAAUAAAACACAAAUAGUCAUUGUAUUGCUGACAUCUUUGUUUAUAGAUUCACUUAUUUACAAUUCACUCAUCUAAUCUCAAAAUUACAAAUGUUUCUUUGUCCAAAGUAAGACUUAGCGUGGUGGUACCAUAAAACACUGUCAAACGAAGAGAAACAUUCUUGAGUUUAUGAAUUUCAAUUCAUAUUGCUUGCUAGUGGACGUAUAAGUCACUUCCAUGUAUCAAACAUUGAAACAUUCACAUUAUAUGCUAGUAUGCAUAAAAAUUUCAUAUUUUUACAUAAAUUUUCCUCCAUAUUUUUACAUAGUGCUGCUGUUUGUUAUUAAUAAAUAUAUAAAACAAUGUUGUAUGAGAAAAGAAGUGUUAUGUACUACAACAAGUAACUAUAUUGCUACUGGUUAGCAGUAUAUGUGAAAAUACAUAAUUGUUGCAACUAUUAACAGAAGAAAAACUAUGAAAAUAGAUUUACGUUUUCAUGCAAAAUGAUUUAUGGAAAUAUGGUGCUUCAAAAGACGUGUGUUGCUAAGGCAAUGAAUGAAUGAGAUAUGUUGAGUAUGCUAAUCUGCACAUUCUUAUUCACUGGCUUUGAGAGAUUUUAAAAGUACUGCAGGCAGAUAACUAAUGUUAGUUAUUGUAAUUGAUGUGUAUUGUUUCUUCAGAUAAAACUGUAUAUUUUUUUAUUUUUCAUGUCAGAGAGAGUGAAUAUUCAUGUUGGUGUUUUAUUAUAAAGUGAAUGAUAAUGUGGUUAAAAAUUCUAACAACUACCUGAAGUUUAUUAGGCAACAACGGAGUUUGUUAGUUAAGUUCAAAAGACAAGAAUAAAGUUUAAAGAGUCUACUGAGA